AAUUCGGAUUCAACUCAAGUUGAAACAUGCAAAACGCGUUUUAAAGUUUUCGUCUCGUUUCAACCAUAUCUUAAAAGUGCACCUUGUUCUAACCAUUCUACGCACGUUUGAAUUUAAUUCAUUUUUACACUUUUCAAGUAGUUUUAACCAUUUUGUUACCUAAAAGCACGCAUAUUUGUUUGUUUUCUUACUAUACAUACAUACAACCAAUUUAUCCGAUUAGUUUCACCCUGAUCUGUUUUUGUUUUAAUUUUUGCCUCAAAACUUCAUUAAAAAGUGGAAUUAUAACUAGAUUAGUAGCGAGUUAUAACCUUAAGUGGGCGAAGAUAGUAUAAUGUUGGGUCAAGCAGUGGUGAAUGGGAUAUUCUGCUGUCUGCAGGUGUGUGCUGUCAUCUUCUGUUUUGUGGCUUUGUGUACCAACCAGUGGAUCACGGGAGUCGAAACCGAUGAUACAGAUGACAGGUACUUCGAUCGAGUGGAUCUUUUACAGGACCAGUACUUUCUAACUAACGGCCAACAAGACGACACUUUCGCAUCCAUCGGACUGUUCAGGAUCUGGGCAGACGAUGACCGCUCCUACUCCCUUCCCAUUCUAGACACGGAGCUGAAGCUGUGCAAGACUUGUCUCACCCUCUGCAUUCUGAUGGGGUUCGCUUCUCUGUACGCUGUGUCUUUCCAGCUAGUCCACAUCUUCACAGAGCUCCUCGCAUUCGAAUUACUCAUCGGAUGGGCGGCCGUCUUCCAAGCGAUCCUGACCAUGGCGGGAACGGCAACCGCUAUGCGGUACUUCCAGAAGACAUUCGUCUACGAGAGCAGUGGCUUCUCUCUCUUCAGUGGGUGGAUCGCAUUCUGCAUCCAACUUAUGUUGGUCGUCUGCAGUGUCUUCAAAGUUCUUCUCACCCGCAGAAAUGUGAAGAAAAUAAAGACGGAGAAAAAAAAGCAGAUGCAAGCGGCCACUUUGAACACACCAAGACCGGUUGCUGAGUACGAACAACAGAGUAUUCGACCAGCAACAUCUGAGAACAGAUUGUACCAGCCAGCUCCCGCCCAAAACAACCCGCGAUACGGAACUGCGGACCGAGGAGGCUACAACCGCCCGGGUGCAUACAGCCCGCAACAGUUCCGAGACGACUACCCCGCCCCGAGACGAUCCAACUCUUACGACAGCAAACAGUUCGACGGGCACCUAUCGCCGCCGCCCGCUCGAAACGACCGAAACGACUCGUAUGAUCAGGGUGACCUACCGCGAUACCGUUAAGAAAUACGUGUACAACACAACACGUGAUCCAGCUAACAACUUGGUGAACGGUUUCGAAACAAGAAUGAAUAACAACAGAUUUUCUACACUUGAAUGACUUGGGUUUUAAGGAAUAUUUGAAAAAUAAUUACUUUUGUGUACAUAAUUAGUAUUAUUGAUAUCAACUGAAAUAAGUUAACGAUUUCCUGUUUUGUAAUUUCAUAUCUAAUAUGCUUUGAAUACUUGAAUUAAAUGAACGAAGACUAAUUCAAACUAUUUCUUAAAAAAUACUCAAGUACUAGAAAAAAUGGGGCAAAACUUUUUGUUUCAUUUGAUGAUUAGAUAUAACAAAACUAAAAAUAAUAAUAAGUUUUGCGAAGCCCUGACUGGGUUCCGACUGCAAUUUAGGGCUAAUAAAAUGUGUUUGAUUGAAAAAU